CAAAAUUAUAAGGGAACAACAUGCCGACAAAAAAAAAAAAAAAAGGGAACAACAUAAACAUUUUUAAUAUAAACAUGCGGCGGAGUCGUGGCGGCCUUUAAAAUAAAAUUGCCGCCGACGACUAUUGUAAGUCACUCGGCUAAGUAAGAAUGGCGGGAGUGGCUUGCCAGAUAUCUAUCAGCUCAUCUUCGACCUUUAGGAGGGUUAAUCAAUGGCCACGGUGCUUCUCUGGUUCGCCGGAGAAGAAAACACCAGCUGUUUUGAAGUGGGCGGUUAGUGGAGUUACUGAAUUUCUCCGGUUGAUCUCCGGUGCUCCGUCUUCAACCUCCAUCGCUACAAAUAAGGAUCGAUCAAAGAAUGAGGUUACUGCUGGAGAUGUCGAUGAUGUGAUGGGGAUUUUGAGAUCAGAUUAUCGAAAUUUCUACUUCGUCACUGGAGUCUUGACUUCUGCAAUUUACUCGGAUGAUUGCAUCUUCGAGGAUCCGACUAUCAGCUUCCAGGGUACAGAGCUGUAUGAACGCAACUUGAAGUUACUGGUUCCGUUCCUCGAAGAUGCAUCCAUUGAACUGCAAAAUAUGGAGAAGAGUGAGUCGUCCCAAAGAAACUAUAUACUAGCGACGUGGAAGCUAAGAACUUACCUGAAGCUGCCAUGGAGACCAUUGAUAUCGAUCAACGGGAAUACGGUUUAUGAUCUGGAUAAAGACUUCAAAAUUGUGAGGCAUGUCGAGAGCUGGAAUGUCUCUGCGCUAGAAGCAAUCGGGCAGAUAUUCACCGUCAAGUCUUUUCCCUUCCGUGACUAAGAGUCUUAAGCACUAAAAUUUAUACAUUUGGCCAUGGCCCAAACAAUAUAAUGUCUACCAAGUAUAGUUGUUAAUAUGAAAAUUCACCAAAAUCAACUGUAAGACUUCAUUGAGAUAGUGUGAAGUUUCCAUGAGGAAAAAAGUUGGAUCGUACGAUACGAGGAUUGGAACAAAAAAGGCAUCCUCCUCACACGAAACUAAGAAAAACAGAGUCAAAUUGAGGAAGAAGCCCUAGUCACAUGAUGGAGCAAGGUUGAGGGUUAUCAUCGCUGAAAUAGUUGAAAAGAGAGUCGGAUGGUGGAAACCCCAAGUUUUCGUAGUAAUCGAAAGGAUAAGGCGCAGGCGGCUUCCUCGGCGUCACCUUUGGCUCCUCGUACUUCAACCUCGGGUUUGUCGGUGGUGCUAACCAUCCCGGCAGUCCUCUCGGUGGGGGCAACGAAAAGGCGGGCAUCUGCAUCAUCGUCGUUGGUCCAGGAUACCCAAAACCUCUAAAUGUUUCACCUCCUGCUGGACAAGUUUCCACGGGGGUGGUUGCCGUGACAGGUGGUGCAGGCGGGGAUGGUUUAUCUUGUGUCUUGUUGGUGGCAUAACGUUUAAGCAAGGUGCGGAAUCGGGUCUUUGCUGUAGCUGGAUCCUUCUCGUAGGCGUAAAGUUGGGGACUUUGCCCCAAUUUUGCGACGGCUUUGAUAAGCACCGAAGGUUCUGCUGUGCCACAGACCAAAAUCAGACCCUUCACCGGGUCUAUGGUUAUGGCGUAAACUCCUUUUACUUGGCGCAAAAGCUUCUUGACCCGUGAAGGGAAGUCUUCACAACACUGGAGAUUCAUUUUCAAUAUGCAAAUCGGAAAAUCCAAAUCCUCCAUUAUUGCUUUCAAUACGUAGAAGCAACCAUAUAGUCGAUCUUUAUCACGGAUGCUACUGCAAUUGCCUAGCUACUACCGCUUUUGAAACGUAACCAGAAAACCAAAUGAUUUUAUAUUUUCGAAGAACACUCUUUAAUUAUCUCAAGAAUGUCUCUAUCUAGAGUUUAAAUCCGGGUGUUGAUUAUAUUCAAAAC